GCAGAACUCGGAUGACCUGCUGGUGGCCUCAGCUGAGUGUCCCAGUGAUGAUGAGGAUCUGGAGGAGUGUGAGCCGGGCACUGGAGGUGAACUUGUGUUGCCCAUAAUAACAGUGGACACCCAAGACCCUAUUUCCAUGGCCACCCGUUACCCCGCAAUCCCCGCCCCUCCCACCUCCCUAACCCCCCUUCAGACCACCAAAGAGUCCCUCAUUCUUUCCGACCCCCGUCCGCCAUGCCCUCCAGACCAGGAGGACUGCGGUGACCCCAUGGAGGUGUCGGCCUUCGGCUCCGGAGAAAUGACGGAGUCCGAUGACGAGGACUUUAACAGAAACUCCCCCAUGGUCACAGACAGGACGGUCCUGCCACCGCCCCCUGGUGUAGGCAAAAGUGGCCACGGUGACCACCGUCCUCCAGUCCCUGCCCCGACCACCCAUCCUAACCAGCUCCACAUCCCAGCGGGCAAAAUGAACACCCGCGACCAGGUGCUCCUGCCACCCGUCCCGUCCUCGCGCCACACUCCAGGUCUAACCUACCCGCCUGAUUUCCCCCAUGUGCCCACAGCUCAUCCCACCGACCUGAUGGAGAAGGGCCGUCCAGGUGCCGUGGAGGUGAUUCGAGAGUCCAGCAGCACCACAGGCAUGGUGGUUGGCAUCGUGGCGGCUGCCGCCCUCUGCAUCCUCAUCCUCCUAUACGCCAUGUAUAAAUACCGCAAUCGAGACGAAGGCUCUUAUCAGGUGGAUCAAAGCCGCAACUCCGGCUCUGAAAGCAACGGUGCCGUAGUGAAGGAGAAAACGCCGAGUACGACUGCCGCCGUGGCUAAAACCACCACCAAGGGCAAGAAGAACAAAGACAAGGAGUAUUACGUCUGAGAAAGACAGAGGAGAAGGUACUGAUGAGGAUUUGACCUCCUCUAAACAUUUAAGCCACACGAUCUUCUGUUUACUUCUCCAAACGUUUUUUCUGCCACCGAAAGACACGGACGGAUAGACUUGACGGAUAGAUCCUCCUUUCGUUGCUGUCUUGCGAAGCCAUCGUUGUAUGUAAUUUUAUCUCUUAUCAUGUCUAAAGAAAAUCUUCCAUUACAUUCCAGGUGAUGUAAUGCCCUCUUUACGAUUAAAGAUUUAUGUUUCGCGUGGUCCACAGGAGAGAAACGAAACACCAUGGACAGAGAGAGAGAAAACCCGCCAAACAUGAGCUUUUAGUACUAUUCUUGAACGUUCAGUUAAUAUUAUGUUUAUAGAGCUAUGAAAUUGAGAUCUCGUAGCAGACAUUCGCUGGCCCUCCUUGUAAUAAUUCAUGAACAACAGAAGCAAUUGUGUUUGUUAUUUGCACAAGACAAGCAGAUGCUCCCAUCAGUUCUUGUGGAGAUGUUAAAUCUGACACCUUUUUUGGAGGGAGAGAAAAAAAAUACAGUGAGAAAGGCAGAGGAUAAAAUCGCAUCUUCUGUUUUGUUCGGUGAUAGAGCCGAAAUAACUGACUUCAUUUCCACUCGGAUAUUUCUUUUGUCAGGUGUAGAAAGUGGGAUUUAUCUGUCCCUGUCAUGAAAACACAUGAAUCUAAUUCUUUCUUUGUUGUGUUGCUGCCAUGGUUUCAUAAACACGUUAGAAUCGCAGAUCAGACAGCGAAGGGUGCUUUAACAUCCACACCUCCACCAGUAUUCAGAAGGUUGUUAGAACUUUAAAAAGGUAUCUCUAUCUUUCGCUCUCUCUCUCUUCAUGGUGCCGAAACAUUGUGAUCUGUUAGGCUACUAAUUGUGUUCCAUGCAUGAUGUAUUCACAUUCAACUUUUCAUGAGAGGUUUUUGAUAUGAAAUACAUAAAGUUGAUAACUUUCAUCUCACCCGGAAGGAUACAUAGCACCAUGGACAAGCACGACGCAGACCUCAGAAAGCGGGACUGUCCUGAACUGAGCAUCAGCUUGGACAAAAGAUGUUGUAUCUAUGUAAAUACAGGACAUUGCUGAAGACUCUUCAGGAGACAGGUUUGUGUGUAUCGUGCAGACGGUACGUAUGUGCGCGUGCGAUUGUGCGUGUGUGUGUGAGUGUUUGUCCUCGUUUGUCCUCCGGCAUGAGAAAGAUAUACGCAAGACUACAUGAACUCUU